AUGGCAACAUCUAAUGGUUGGCCUACAUCAUAUCUUACUGGUGUAGCAUCUACCAACGAUGAUCUGCAUCCAGCACAUGAUUAUGUCGAGUCAGUAACAAAAAUUCCAUCAUCGGCAUUCGAAAAAGAUUUAAUUGCUAUAUUAUUAGUUGCUGAGGGUGCAAGUGAAAAAAACAAAUUAUUAUUUAAAUACGAAGAUCAAACCGAUGACAAAGAAAAAGGUACAUUGCAUCUAAUUAUUCAUAUGGAAUUUGAUCCACCAAAUAUAAGUGAUACGGAUUCUGCUCGUCGAACAUUUCGCAGUUUUCAGAGCGACACAAUAGCAGCAUUAACCGAUCCUGGCUAUAAUUUUUAUGGUUCAAAUUUUGAAGUACAAGUUGAUGAUGUUUAUUUUGUGGGUCACACAUUAGCUGCUCCAGAUGUUGAAAAAGAAAAUCAUUUGAAAUCAUUUGGUGUUUAUUUUGCAUUAAGAGCUAUUACAAAACCUUCUGUACUGUUGUCCUAUCAAACAUUGAGUAAGUGUAUUGGUACAGCAAUUCGUUGGGAAGAGCAACGUGUUAAAUAUCUUACACAAGAAUAUAAUGCAAUGAGUGCGUGUUUACAACCAACGUUACAUGAACAUCAAGGUAAUAAAUAG